AGAUUCUGUUUUCUUUAUUUUAUUUUAUCUAUUUUUUAUAUAAGUUUUUAAAAGAAUAAAAGAAAGAAAAACACUCUCGAUGGUUUCUUUGUCUUUCUCUAGCCAUAGCCUUCCAUUAAGUUAUUUAUUUAUUUAUUUCCAUUUUACUUUUGGCAACUUUUGGCACUACUGAGGAUAUUAAAAACCUUUUGGAAUGCCUCUUAUGUGUGCUUGGAACACCAAGAACUGUGUUUUUGCAUAGACAUACCAACACACAGAAGAUCUUGGUGUACGAAGCUUGUCCCUUUUACGUAGGUUCAGUGCAGGAAAGUUUGGAGAUUUUAUCGGCAGUGAUGGAGAGGUUGAACUCAAAGCUGUACCUGCAGAACUGUUACAUAAUGAAAGAGAACGAGAGACUAAGGAAGAAGGCACAGCUUCUUAAUCAAGAGAACCAGGCACUGUUGUCUGAGCUCAAACAGAAACUCUCCAAGGGAAAUCAGAAAGCUAAUGCUCCAAACAACAUUCUUGACCUGAGUCUGAACUCAAGUGGCAGUCAAAAUCCUUCUAGUUCCUCCAACUAAUGUACUUAGCCAUGAGAAGCAUUGUGACCCCUCUAGUGACAGUAAUUGUUUUUCUUUUUUCUUCUAAUCUUUUUGUGUAAAACCAAUGUGAGCAGUGUAGUUGUAGUUUCUGUUCCAUAGGACAAUACUAGCAAUCCUCUACCAGGGCACUGUUACUUCCAUUUCCAUGUUUAAUCAACUUUUCUCUUUUGGGGGGUUAGAUAUGAAUUUCUGAACUACAAGGUCUUAAGACGGUGUAUCAGCUCUAUCUGCUAGAAUGGAAUAUAAAGUUAUUAUAUGCUUA